CCAGGCGGCUCGAGAGGAUGCAUGGCUCCGUGGGUGGAUCGAGAAGGGAUCUGGGUCAGAGAGGAGACUCCCGGGCCUGGAACGCUGCGAGCAUCUAAGUAUGGUCGCGGGUACCCACCCCCAGCUUUGUGGAAGGACCUGUUAUGUGUGCCUCUGUCCUGCUGGGGAGUGGAUGGUACCCAGGACCCAGCCAGAGACCAGCUGAAGACAUUCUCCUUGGAAGCGCUCACCCCAGGAGGUCCCGUCUCGGGUACUGGGCCUACCAUGGCAUUCCGUAGGACUGAGGGUAUGUCCAUGAUCCAGGCUCUGGCCAUGACAGUGGCUGAGAUUCCAGUGUUCCUGUACACAACUUUUGGUCAGUCUGCGUUCUCCCAGCUGCGGUUGACACCAGGCCUGAGGAAGGUUCUUUUUGCCACAGCCCUUGGUACUGUGGCCUUGGCCCUGGCUGCCCACCAGCUGAAAAGGCGCCGGCGGAAGAAGAAGCAGGUGGGCCCUGAGAUGGGAGGUGAGCAGCUGGGAACGGUGCCCAUGCCCAUCCUCAUGGCCCGCAAGGUCCCUUCGGUGAAGAAAGGCUGCUCCAGCCGGAGGGUUCAGAGCCCCAGCAGUAAGAGCAAUGAUACUCUGAGUGGCAUCUCUUCCAUCGAGCCCAGCAAGCACUCAGGCUCCUCCCACAGCCUGGCCUCGAUGGUUGUGGUCAAUUCAUCCAGCCCCACAGCUGCGUGCUCAGGUUCAUGGGAAACCAGAGGGAUGGAGGAGUCUGUGCCCAUCACCGAUGGCAGUGCCGAGAGCCUCUAUGUACAAGGCAUGGAGCUGUUUGAGGAAGCCCUGCAGAAAUGGGAGCAGGCACUGAGUGUAGGCCAGAGAGGGGAUGGAGGCAGCACCCCCACACCAGGCGACAGCCUCCAGAACCCAGACACCGCAUCAGAAGCACUGUCAGAGCCAGAGUCCCAACGAAGGGAGUUUGCUGAGAAGCUGGAGUCCCUGCUGCACCGGGCCUACCACCUGCAGGAAGAGUUCGGCUCCACCUUCCCCUCUGACAGCAUGCUGCUGGACCUUGAGAGGACCCUAAUGCUGCCCCUGACUGAGGGCUCACUGCGACUGCGAGCUGACGAUGAGGACAGCCUGACCUCCGAAGACUCCUUUUUCUCAGCCACUGAGAUCUUUGAGUCCCUGCAGAUCGGCGAGUACCCGCUUCCUCUCUCCAGGCCUGCUGCUGCCUAUGAGGAGGCUCUGCAGCUGGUGAAGGAAGGGAAAGUCCCUUGCCGAACACUCAGGACAGAGCUGCUGGGCUGCUACAGUGACCAAGACUUCCUAGCCAAGCUGCAUUGUGUGCGGCAGGCCUUUGAGGGGCUUCUAGAAGAAAGAAGCAACCAGGUCUUCUUCGGGGAGGUCGGCCGGCAGAUGGUGACGGGCCUAAUGACCAAGGCUGAGAAGAGUCCCAAAGGCUUCCUGGAGAGCUAUGAGGAGAUGCUGAGCUACGCCCUGCGGCCUGAGACCUGGGCUACCACGCGGCUGGAGCUGGAGGGCAGAGGGGUGGCAUGCAUGAGCUUCUUCGACAUCGUGUUGGACUUCAUCCUCAUGGAUGCCUUUGAGGACCUAGAGAACCCUCCAUCUUCGGUGCUUGCUGUCCUGCGGAACCGCUGGCUGUCUGACAGCUUCAAGGAAACAGCCCUAGCCACUGCGUGCUGGUCUGUCCUGAAAGCUAAGAGGAGGCUCCUGAUGGUGCCUGAUGGCUUCAUCUCCCAUUUCUACUCCGUAUCGGAGCAUGUUAGCCCUGUGCUGGCUUUUGGUUUCCUCGGACCCAAGCCCCAGCUCUCGGAAGUCUGUGCUUUCUUCAAGCACCAGAUUGUGCAAUACCUGAGGGACAUGUUCGACCUGGACAACGUGCGCUACACAUCUGUGCCAGCCCUAGCAGAAGACAUCCUACAGUUGUCCCGGCGCCGCAGCGAGAUCCUAUUGGGCUACCUGGGGGUACCCGUGGCUAGUAGCAUCGGGCUGAAUGGGCCACUGCCUCAAGAAAAUGGGCCCCUGGAAGAUCUGCAGUAACGGGACGGGCUGGAAAGGAGAGGUGGCUGUUUGGGCCUCAGACACAGGGUGAUAGGAGAGAGAAAGCUGCCACUCCCUUCCUUUGGGUUGGUAUCCAAGGGCCAUGGUGGCCAAGGGCCAUUGCCCCUGAGCUUGCUCCACUUCCUCAUCUGGGAAUUCCCAACACCCAGAGGACAAAUUUCCAUGGAGAGGAAGCACUAGGGGCACUGAUAGCAGCUGCCCUUGCCCUUGGGUUCCUUGAGCAGCAGAGGCAGGCUAGAGUCAGCAGGGACUGACCUGGGGCAGACAGCGAGAGAGAAAGGUGUGGGAGCGAAUGGCUUUUUGGUAUGGACCACAAAACCCUAAUCCCCCUGCUGCUGACGAGAAAGGUGUGGGAGCGAAUGGCUUUUUGGUAUGGACCACAAAACCCUAAUCCCCCUGCUGCUGACGGAGGGCAAGGAGGUGAUAGUUGGGGGAUAGAACAUGCAGGGCUAGGUGGUGACAGCCACAGGGUCCUGCAAUAGCAGCCACCUAUAGCUACACCUAUAGCACCUAGGCUUCUGGCCAGUAUGGAAAGCCACGUCUGGGCCAUCCAGAGGUGUACUUGCCCUAUGUGUGCUCACAUCUGAGCAGGUACUCACUCUUCACAAACCCAGGGCACUGUCCUCCACAUUCCCACGCCCUGCCAAAGACUCCGUUUUUAUCCCACCUCUGCCACCAAAGAUGGAGGAAGCAGGACUGGCCGCUUCCUGCUCUCUGGUGAGCCCGGAGCUCCUGGGCAGUGCUGGGCCCCCAGGCAGAGCUCACAGAGGCCCAUCUCCUGUAUAGCCAUCUACUGCACCAAAAGUGAGGAGCGUGGAAACAUGGCAGGGUGGGCAUCGGCUGCACGGCGGGCAGCUCCCCCGGCCCCUUCUGACAGGAAGCUGGACUCAGCCCUUUGCCUUCAACUCCAUGCACAUGUGCUUUGGGGCUGCCAGCACCCACAUCUUGCAGACAGGUGGCGUCUGUCACAGUAGCUGCAGUAGCCCUGGCAGCCCUCCCUUUGCCUGAGCGGGGAAGUUUUUAUUUAUUGCCUUAAUACUUCAUUUGGCUAUUCCAUCCCUUCCAGGUUGUGAGACACGCAGGAGAAAAGACUCCUGGUCUGGACUUGAGCACUGGCUCCUGGAACCAAGUUCCUCUCCCUGGAAGGAAAAAGGGUUCCCCAGGGUCAGCAGGAUGCAGUGAAGAGAGGGCAGCCAUAGCUCUGGGUCCUCUCUGCUCAGAAGGGAGCCCCUCACGCACUAUCUUGACAUUCCAUUCAUUUGCACUUACCCCGAGCUGUGAAUGUGACCCUGAGCCAAGGCCCGCUCUGAUCUGCCCCUGACCCAUACAGCUGUGGUAUUUUCAUUUUGUCCUGUUCAUGUGUCUAUGCCCCACCCUCUAGCACUCAACCAACAGUGGUAGAGUGUGUGUAAGGCCUGUGAGUCAGAUAAAGGAUCGAAGUGACUCUUCUCUGUGUCUUGCUGGGGAGAGGUGGGGCAGUGCUGAGCCAAGGGCUGGACAGCUGCCCUGUGCAGUGGGUAGAGGCUCCAGGAGGGACAGGUCACGAGCAGCCUGAUCUGGCCAGGUGAAAGCUUGACAGGGUGUGUGUCCCUGGGAUGACAAGAUGCAGAUGUGUAGUGGGUGGCCUGCACCUCUGGUCCUCAGCUCCACAUCUGUAAGUCCUGGGCAUUGUACCCAGCCAGGUGAUCACAGGCCAUCAGAUCUUACUGUGUCUUCAUGGUCAUCUGGCUUAGGGUUACUGCGGCUGUGAAGAAAGACCAUGACCACCGGCAGCAUGCAGGAAAGCGUUUAUUUCACUCCCAGUUCCACAUCACAGGUCAUCAUCAACAGCAGUAAGGGCAGGAGCCUGGAAGUCGGAGCUGAGGAAGAAGCCACGGGCAGAGGCUGCAUCGUGGCUUGUUCUCUGUGGCCAUGAGGACCAACCAGUUUAGCUGAAUUAUAAUCUGGGCUCAGUGAGAGCUCCUGCCUUA